GUGGAACUUGCACCAAAAACAAGUCCUAAAACCUGCUCUGUGUUUCGCUCCUCUCUUUCUCAAUAAACCUCCAUAGUAUACACUCUGAGAGAGCAAGAGAGAGAGAGGGAGAUGGACUCGCAGAAGAAGCUGAAGAAGAAGCAAAAGACUAAGAAGCUACGGCAGAGCAGUCGCGAGCUGCCCGGAAAGGAUGAAAUUUUGGAUACGGAAGUGGAUAGGGAAAAGAACAACCCUACCGGAAAGAAGAAGAGAAAAAUGGAGAAGGGAAGUUAUGUUGACAUUGGCAAAGCUGUUGGGAGCAAAAUUGAAGAUGGUCCUAUCAAUGAAAUCAGAGCAAAGAAAAUAAAAGAGUCAUCAAGGAAGAAAAAUAGAAACAAUGACAAAAGAAAUGCUGCUCUGAUUGGAAAAUGUGAUGAGCUUAAUACAGAGGCUCAAGUUGAAUUUGACGACCAAGAUGGUAAGUCCAAGAAAACUAAGAGAAAGAGAAAGGAGGAUCAUGAUUCAUCAAAAAAGGGUAAGAAGUCACUGAAGAAGGAAGAAGCUGAUCAGGACAAGGUUUAUCAUCUCUCUCCUGGCGAUGAGGGCUGCUCCCAAGGGAUGACAGGUAAUUCGAAGAAAGCUAGAAUGAAGAGAAAGAAGGAUCAAAAUUCAUCUAAGGAAGCUGAGAAAUCACAGGAAAAGAGAGGAGAAGCUGAUCAAGAUGAUGUUUAUCAAAUCUCUUCAGUGGACGAGGACUGCUCAAAAGGAAUGCAAAAAUGGAUUAUGGAAUACCACCAAAGUAGACCAGGGUUGAAGGUAUUGCAGCAAAAGAUUGAUGACUCUAUAACUGCUUAUGAAGCACAACUAGAACAGGAAAGGAAAGAAAGAGAGGACCAAGCUGCCGAAGGGGGUUGGACAGUUGUUGCACAUCAUAAAGGAAGGAAAAAGACAACGGAUGCUGAAAGUGGAAUUACUAUGGGCUCCGUAGCCCAGGCUGUUGUGGAGGAUAAGAUGGCCAACAAGAAGCGUAAAGAAGUUGGCUCAGAUUUUUACCGCUUUCAAAGAAGAGAAGCCCAGAGGAAUGAGGUGAUGAUGUUGCAAAGCAAGUUUGAGCAGGAUAAAAAGCGGAUGCUGCAACAGCGAGCUGCUAGGAAGUUUCGACCGUACUGAACACUGCACGGUAGAAAGAGAGGCCAGGAGCUGAAGCAUCAAAGUUUAACAUCCGCCAAAGAAACAAGUGCAUACCAUUUCAUGGUUGUGCUUUUGGUCAAAACGGUGGUGCUGGCCUUCCCAGGAAAGUUAUGUCAGUUUUCACAUCAUUGACACUAUGGACAAGCAAUUAUUCUACUUUUGGAGGAAACAUCCCCCUUCCCCUUCCAAGCAUCUUCCUUUACAUUAUUAAGGCGGCAUCACCAUCCGAGAGUUUUCCAAACUGCUCUUAAAUGUGUUUAUACUGUUUUUCUUAGGUAUGGCCGACAUCCCUUCUUUUUUGGUAACUCAACUGUCUCCUCACUUAUCAAAUUCAUUUGCUUUCUUUCAAAA